UGCAUGUGUGGUGAAGAACGUGUUGUGUUGUGUUGUGCUGUACGUCUCCAGUUCCAUCCACCACGUUACAAUGAAUGAGUUUAUGGACGAGUUGAAUCCAUCAAUGAGCAGCAUAGGCGUUUCUAAUAAGUGCUGAGUUUAUUUAUUUAUUUUAUUUGACAUCACUACAUAAUGAGCAAAAACCAGAGAAUGAUGUUAGAUUAAAGUGAUUGUUGUUCAUCCAUUUCCAACACCAACGCAGAUUUUUCUUUCGUUUAUCUCAAAUCUCAAUUGCUUUAUCCUAUCCGUUGUGGGUCUUAUUAGCUUUCUGGGUCUAGCUAAUACUACUUGGAAAAAAAAAAAAUUUAAGAUAUUUUCUCAGCAACCAUAUUGAUAUUGGAUGAUUACAAAGCAUUAUCAGAAUAUGGUGUUGGAUUGGUUUCAGUCUCAGAGGUUUAAAAAAUGAGAUGGACUUGUCUGAACACUAGGUCCUUUAGCUCUACUACAUUUUUCAAACAAACCCAUUUGUUCUCCCUGCUUUCCUUAACCAUAAACACCACUAAGUUUGAGUUUCAUGGUAUUCAAUCCUACUGCUACCACUCAACAAAUAAGUCAGCAAUUGGGUUACUUCAUGCUAAGGCUGUUAAGAGUGGUUCUUUUCAAAAUUUGAGUGUGGUUAAUUAUAUUCUGAGCCUGUCUGUGAAAUCUCAAUAUUUGGAUUAUGCACAAAAGGCGUUUGAUGAAAUUCCUGACAGAGAUGUCCGGACGUGGACGAUUCUCAUGUCUGGAUAUGCUCGAAUUGGGGCUUCUCGAAUGGUGUUGGACCUCUUUAGAGGGAUGCAAAUUGAGGGUGUUCUUCCUAAUCAAUAUACAUUGUCAAGUGUUUUAAAGUGUUGUUCCAGUGUAAGUGAUCUACGAACAGGUAAGGGAAUUCAUGGGUGGAUAUUGAGAAAUGGGAUUAAUUUGGAUGUUGUAUUGGAGAACUCUAUUCUUGACGUUUAUGUGAAGUGCGGGGCCUUUGAUUAUGCAAAGAAAUUAUUUGAAUUGAUGGUUGAGAAAGAUGCCGUGUCAUGGAAUAUAAUGGUUGGUGCAUAUCUGCAUAUGGGAGAUAUGGAGAAGUCUCUUAAUAUGUUCAGGAGUUUGCCCUACAAAGAAGUUUCAAGUUGGAAUACGAUCAUAGAUGGGCUAAUGCAAAAUGGGUAUGAAAGAACUGGACUGGAACUACUAUAUGAGAUGGUGAAAAAUGGACCUGCUUUCAAUAAAGUUACUUUUUCCAUAGCAUUGGUUUUGGUUUCUUCUUUAUACAUCAUGGAGUUUGGGAGACAAAUACAUGGCCGUAUUCUGAGGAUUGGUUUACAAAAAGAUGGGUUUGUGAGGACAUCACUUAUAGAUAUGUAUUGCAAGUGUGGGAAAAUGGAAAAAGCAUCAAUGAUCUUCAGAAAAAUGCCUCUGAAUGGUGUGAGAAAUCAAAACUCCAAGAUUACUUUCGAUGAAUCAAUGACAGAAAUUGUUUCAUGGAGUUCAAUGGUUUCUGGAUAUGUUCGGAACGGGGAGUAUGAAGAGGCUAUGAAAUUGUUUAUCUCUAUGGUCUGGGAACAAGUUGAGGUGGACAAAUUUACUACUACAAGCAUUGUUUCUGCAUGUGCUAAUGCUGGAAAUUUGGAACUUGGUCGCCAGAUCCAUGCAUAUGUUCUGAAAGUUGGGCACACAAUGGAUGUUCACCUUAGUUCCUCGUUAAUUGACAUGUAUGCUAAAUGUGGAUGCUGGGAUGAUGCUUGGACAACUUUCAAGCAAACUGCUAAUCUGAAUGUUGUGUUGUGGACUUCAAUGAUAACUGGCUGUGCUUUACAUGGGCAGGGGAGGCAAGCUGUUUGUCUUUUUGAGCAAAUGAUGCGUGAGGGAAUUAAACCAAAUGAGGUUACUUUUGUAGGGGUUUUAACUGCAUGUAGCCAUGCAGGGUUGCUUGAAGAAGGCUGCAAGUAUUUCAGGUUGAUGAAGGAAUUUUAUGGCAUUAAACCUGGAUUUGAGCACUUCACUUGUAUGGUUGAUCUUUAUGGUCGAGCUGGUCACUUGGAUAAGGCAAAGGAUUUUAUUCAUGAAAAUGGUAUCUCUCACUUGAGUGGAGUCUGGAGAUCAUUUCUAUCUUCUUGUAGACUUCACAAAAAUAUUGAGAUGGGAAAGUGGGUUUCUGAAACACUUCUUCAGCUUGAACCAUUAGAUGCAGGAACUUAUAUUUUGUUAUCAAACAUGUGCGCUACCACUGAUAGCUGGGAAGAGGCAGCUAAAGUGAGGAGCUUGAUGCAAAAGAGAAGGGUUAACAAAAUCCCUGGUCAAUCUUGGAUCCAACUGAAGAAUCAAGUCCACACUUUUGUCAUGGGAGAUAGGUCGCACCCACAAGACAAAGAGAUAUAUUUGUACUUAGAUGAGCUGAUUGGAACAUUGAAGGGAAUUGGGUACUCAUCUGAUGUGAAACUGGUGACACAGGAUGUAGAAGAAGAACAAAGGGAAGUGCUUCUUGGGUAUCACAGUGAAAAACUUGCAAUUGUUUAUGGCAUCAUUAGCACAACUUCUGAGAUACCAAUUCGGAUAAUGAAGAACCUUCGGGUUUGUACUGACUGUCAUAGUUUUAUCAAAUAUACAUCUCAGCUUUUGCAUAGAGAAAUAAUCGUGAGAGAUAUUCAUCGAUUCCAUCAUUUUAAGCAUGGUCAGUGCUCUUGUGGAGAUUUCUGGUGAGCAAAGCCUGAGGAUCUCCUGCAUCUAAUCUUGCAAAGUCAUAAAUCAUUCUAGUGACAGUCUGCGGUCACCAUAAUUGGGAAGCACUUCACAUCGUAUUUUAUUUAAACCCUGUGAUGGAGCUAGAUAGAAAUUCAAUCGAGAAAGAAUGUAGCUCACAUUUGAUAAUUCUAGAAGACAAGCUUCCUAUUCCUCUCUUUUCAUCAUGAAAAUGCAGUUUCAGAUAAGGGUGCUUAAUUCAUGUAGAAGGGAGGUAUUCAAAAGAAGCCCCCGAAAAGUAAAUAAAAGCAUUACUGUCCAGGAAUCCAUAGCAAGUACAACAGUUAUCAAAUCACUGAAAGCUCCACUCCCUUGAACCACUUUCGAAGCAAAUCUAAUCCUUGUACUUCCAAACCUCUCUUGUCAGUGAGCUGUAAAAUCUACCUUUGAAUUAGGCAUUGCCCAGGGUUUCUCACACCAAAUAAGCCACGAACUCCAGUAAUCCAUCAAUUCAAGCACCAAAUAAGUAAUUACGUUGCUCUUCCAAAAAGUCAUUACCUCCCUCUGCAGCAAGGUGUCAUCUCUGCCACUAGUUAGGGAUUACUUGGUACACCAUGCAUAACAAGAGCACCAGAUACCAGAUACCCUUUGCAAGUUAGUGGACACUUUAGGAGAUCAGUAGUCCCUGACUGAUAAUGAGAGAAAGUCAAUAUUGAAGAGGAAGAAGAAGAGCGACAAAAAAAAAAAAAAGACAGCCUACUUGAUAUCUCUCGUGCUCUGGAUUUACUGUGAUUGUGAUUAUCAAAAUACCAUAUGAGGUGAGUAAUUUAAAUGUAAAAGGUUAUACUCUUGAAAGGUGAAUGGUUUAGAACUGCAGAUUUAGUGUCGCUGCCUUGAGGUUGAGGUAGCUUUGUUGGGAAGACAGGAUCCCCAUUAUUGAUCCAGUGAGAAGUAUUAAACUGUAUGACGCAAAAUUAGACAGUUUCUAUUCUUCUCUAAAUCUCUGUUUUGAGUCU